AUGGACGGAUUGCUUAAUGUUUUAAAGGAUUUACAAAAUGUUAUAACUAGAGGAUUGACUAACUUUAAAAAAUGUAAUAAAGACAAAUUAACGGUCGAAUAUAUAGAAGCAAGACAAGAAUUACUAGAGAAAGAUUGGUCUUUAUUUAAAGAUACUAAUACUAAAAUAUAUGAAAAGUUUAAAAUAGAGGAUAUAGGUCAAAAAGUUGUUGAUAUUUAUGAUGGGGUGGAGGACACUUAUAUAAUGUAUAAAAGCCUUAUGAAAACAACACUUAAUAAAAUUAGUGUAAGCAAGUGUUCUGUACAAGGUGAUAGUAAUUCUAGUUCAACUAAGUCACCUAAUUCUUUUGUUAAGUUGCCAAAAAUCGCUAUACCAAUAUUUUCUGGCAAAUAUGGUGAAUGGACUACGUUUCAUGAUCUUUUCAUAUCAUUAGUUCACAAAAAUGAGUCUCUUGAUAAUGUACAAAAGCUCCACUAUCUAAAAAGUCACCUGUCUGGUGAAGCUGAACAGCUUAUUCGCCACACUCCAAUAACUGAUGCUAAUUACAGUGAGUGUUGGGCACUAGCUUUGGAGUGUAUGGAGCCAAAAAAUGUCACUGUUCAUCGGGCCAAUAAGAGUGCUGAUGGUUCUCAUAGUUCAAAGUCAAUGUUAGCCACGAGUUCACCUAUGCGCUGUGAGUACUGUUCAGAGUUCCACAAGCUUUGCUUUUGUAAAAGGUUCGCUAAAGAGCCAAUUGAAACAAGACGUAAUUUUGUUAAGAACAACAGUAUUUGUUUUAACUGUUUGGGUAGUAAUCAUAGCGUGUAUAAUUGUAAAAGGGACGCGACUUGCAGAGUUUGUAAGAAGCGUCACCAUUCUCUGCUUCAUAUAGAUCAUGAGGCAAACCAAUCCAGUUCGGCACAACAAUCUAGCCCUUCAACUAAUUCACCACCAAUAGUUUCUUGCUUGUCUACGGGAGAGGUGACUCGUCCCAGUCAGGUUUUAUUAGCCACUGCAUUAGUAAAGAUCGAGUCUAGGACUGGUGAGUAUUAUUCCGCCCGUGCCUUGCUUGAUCAGGGUUCGCAGGCUUGUUUUGUAACAGAGGCUACUGUACAGUGUCUGAGACUGAAAAAGAUUCCUAUACAAGGUCUUAUUUCGGGUCUUGGAAAGGAUGAGUCAACCGUGGUAAAGCAUAUGGUGUAUUUGACUAUACAAUCCCGAAUAGACCCCGAAUUUGUAAUUAAAGUAAAGGCGUAUGUAUUAAAGAAAAUAACAUCUUACUUACCUGAGCGCAGCAUCGAAACCACACUGAAUUGGUUAGAUACAACGAAAUUAUUUCUUGCAGAUCCUGGGUUUAAGAACUCUAAUAAAAUCGAUAUAUUGUUGGGGGCGGACGCCUAUAGUUACAUCAUAAAAAAUGGCAUUAUUAAAAAUCCUUAUGGUAAUUUGAUUGCACAGAAUACUACUUUAGGGUGGGUUUUAUCAGGAACAAUUUCUACAGGAAAUAUGGAAAGGUCACAAAAAAUAAAUGUAAUGCAUGUACAAGUAAAUGAAGAUGAUAUCCUCAAGAAAUUUUGGGAAAUAGAAGAGCAAAGUAGUCAAAAGAAAAUACUCACACCUGAAGAGAAAAAAUGUGAAGAAUUUUAUAGUUCUACAACAAGAAGAGAUGAAAGCGGAAGAUACAUUGUUCGGUUACCUUUUAAGGAAGUAGAUCUAUCUUGGAGGUCUGGAAAUUCACGUGCUAUAGCUGAAAAAAGAUUAAUCUCAUUAGAAAGAAAAUUAAGAAAUGAUAAGGACUUAAAGGAAAAGUACCGUGAAGUAAUACAUGAAUAUCUAGAAUUAGGACAUAUGAGGCUUGUUGAAGUGAAUGAUCUGAAUAAAGAAGCAGCUGUCUACUUACCUCACCAUGCAGUGGUAAGGGACGAUAAAGCUACCACAAAGGUUCGGGUUGUGUUUAAUGCUUCACAAAAGAACAGUAACGGAGUCUCACUGAAUGAUACUCUUAUGGUUGGACCGACACUUCAGGCAGACUUAAGACACACUGUAUUAAGAUGGAGGGUGUAUUCCAUAGCUCUAGUUGCAGAUAUUAUCAAAAUGUAUCGUCAAAUCAAGGUAGCAGAAACUGAUGUCAUGUUUCAACGUGUACUUUGGCGUGACGACCCUGAAAAGGAAAUAAGAGACUAUGAAUUGACAACGGUCACCUUUGGAACAGCUUCUGCGCCUUACCAAGCAGUUCGAACACUUCACCAGGUGGCUUUAGAUGAAGGUGAAAAUUACCCACUUGCAAAGGACAAAGUUCUCAGCUGUUUUUAUAUGGAUGAUUUAAUGACAGGAUGUUACACCGUAGAUACGGCAAUAGAAAUAUAUGAGCAAGUGACAGGGCUAUUAGGAAAAGGUGGAUUCGAAUUGCAGAAAUGGAAUAGUAACAAUCAAGAAAUAAUAGACAAAAUAAAAUUAAUGGAAUGCAGUGAAGGACAAAUAAAUAAAUAUAGAACAAAUAUAGAUAUUCUUAAGGACAUAGAUAUAAAAGAACACUCAAAAAUACAUAAAAUAGACAGUGAAGAAAAAGGAGUAGAAAUAAAAAUGGAUAAUAUAAUGAAAAUCUUAGGACUUACCUGGAAUCGCAAGGAUGACACUUUUCAGUACACCGUGAAUCUUCCUCCAACGACGACUGCACCUGUAACCAAAAGAUCUAUAAUUUCAAACAUAGCUCGAUUGUUCGAUCCUUUAGGCUGGUUAGCUCCCAGUGUGAUACUAGCAAAGGUGUUCAUCCAGAAAUUGUGGCUUGCAGGUGUGGAUUGGGAUGAAAAACUUUCAACAGAAUUGGUUGAAGAAUGGAAUAUAUAUCAUAAAGAGCUAUCACUACUUACUUGUAUAAGGAUACCUCGUUGGCUUGGUACUAAAUUGAAUGAUGAGUUGGAGCUUCAUGGGUUUAGUGAUGCAUCUAAAACAGCUUACUCAGCGGUAAUUUAUUUGAGGAUCAUGGAUCACAGAGGCGAAGUACAUGUAUCACUACUAGUUGCAAAAACCAGAGUAGCACCUGUAAAACAAGUGAGUAUUCCUCGCUUGGAGUUGUGUGGCGCAGUUCUAUUGGCACAACUGUUAAAUGAAACAGCUGAAGUCCUGAAAAUACCUAAAGACAACAUCAGAGCAUGGACAGAUUCUACAGUCGUGCUAGCCUGGAUAAAUAGCCACCCAAGUAGAUGGAAGACUUUUGUGGCCAAUCGAACAUCUGAAAUUUUAAAUAAUAUAAAAGCAUCUCAAUGGUUUCACGUUUCCACCAAGAAUAACCCAGCGGACAUUGCAUCAAGGGGAAUACUACCAAGCUCAUUACUUACCUGUGAUUUAUGGUUUCGUGGACCGGCAUUCUUAGAAGCGACUAAAUUAGACUACAGUAGAUCAACUUAUAAGACUGAAGUUAAGGUAGAUAUGGAGGAGUCAGUGAAGACUCAUGUAGCCUUAGUUCCUGAAAACGGAUUAUUUGAACGAUUUUCGACGUUAACGAAAUUACUCAGAACAAUCGCGUACUGUCGAAGAUUUCUAAAACAGAACAAAAUAUAUCACGGACUAUAUUUGCAAAAGGUAGAGUUAGACGGUGCGUUAGAAUGCUGUAUAAGACAAACACAAAAGGAAAUAUAUACAAAAGAAUAUACACAAUUAAAGGAUAAAGGAUAUUUACAAUUAAAAUCAAGUUCAUUAAAAUCAUUAUGUCCAUAUCUUGAUGCCAAGGGCAUUAUCAGAGUUGCAGGUAGACUAUCAAAAAUUUGUAUUUUACCUGUAGCAGAAUAA